UCCUUCCGCCCCCCUGGCUGCCGCGGCUUCGGGUGGCUCUCAGGUCGCCUUGUCAAUCACGGCCGCCCAGGAGCCGCCGGGUUGCGCGCCGCGCUCUCGCCGCCGCCCGACAGGUUGGAAAGCCAUUAAUUACUCGCUCGGCCAUGCAGGUUUGCGCGCAGGCGGCUCCUCUCGCCGCCGCCGGGGCUUUGCUGCUGCCGCCGCCGCCGCCGCCUCCUGGCUGUCCAUGGAGCUCUAGCAGCGCGCACGAUGGCCGCGCCUCCCGCCUGCUCUGCCCGCCGGCUCCUCGCCGCGCCCUUGCUGCUUCUGCUGCUGGCCGGCGCCCUGGGCGCUAAGGACAGUAGGGAUGCACCAGAAGGAGCCGGUACCUGGAACGAAGAGGUCACCAAGUGGUGGGGCGAAUGGGGCUCCUGGUCGACCUGCUCGCGCACCUGCGGAGGGGGGGUGAUGUCCCGCGAGAGGCACUGCUUACGGCAGAGGCUGCAAGUUUCUCAGGGGACAAAUAGUAGCAUGUGCCUGGGUCAGUCCAAGCACUACCAACUGUGCCAGCAGCAGCUUUGUCCUGCCAACACCGCCAGCUUCAAGCAGUACCAGUGCGCCAGUUUCAACGCCAAGGCCUUUGGAAAGCAGCACUAUCAGUGGAUGCCACUCUACCCAGAUGAUUACACCAGCAUCUCUAACAAGCCAUGCGAUCUCCAGUGCACCACCAGGAACGGAGAGAGGCAGCUGAUGGCGCGAGCCCAGGAUGGCACGUCGUGCAAGGACAGGGCCUACCAAGGGGUCUGCAUCAGUGGGAAGUGUGAGCCAAUCGGGUGUGAUGGCAGCCUCUACUCUUCCCAGGUGAUGGAUCGGUGUCAAGUAUGCGGAGGGGAUGGAACUACUUGCUACCGCGUCUCGGGUAGCUUCCGAAAGGGGAUCUCGCAUUUAGGCUAUGUGUUCAUCACCAACAUCCCCGCUGGUGCUACAGACAUCCUCAUUAUAGAGCGAAGGAAAACAGAGAACAUCCUAGCGCUAGCGGACGAAACUGGGCGCUUCUUCUUCAAUGGGAAUUCGGCUAUCGACAACCCACAGAACUUCCGAGUAGCUGGCACUGUGUUCAAAUACCGCCGGCCUUCCAGCCUGCACUCAGAUGGCCUCGAGUACAUUAUUGCACAGGGGCCCACCAACCAGUCUCUCAACGCCAUGUACUAUAACUUCAAUGGGAAAGUCCCCCAUGUGACAUACGACUACACAGUGCCCAGGGUGCUGUCGCCGGCUCUUCAAACCGUUUCCCCCGCCAUCAAGAUGCCAACGCUGUACCUUCACUUGCCGGAGCCCAGCCACAAUCGCCAGGACGCCGUCCCGCCCGUUUCCCAAGAUUUCAACGCCACUUGGUUAUCUCUCGCGCCGGAUGAUGUAGGGGAACCUUUCCCACGGGGGGAGGAGCACGGAGGGGUGGCCUUCAAAAGCCAGGGCUUCUUCCCAUUUAACUCAACUGCGCAAGGCAAGGACUGGGGCUGGAAGCAUGGGGCAGAGGAUGAAAAGUUUGGUUUCCAAGUCCAACGUGUCUACCACACCAACGGAGCAGGUGAUGACGAAAAGAUAGAAACAGAUCUGGCCCUCAGACUCAACCACCUCACAAUCAGCACAGCGAUUCCCCACGGUGCAGCGAGGCCUGAGCUCCAGGAGGCGAGCAGGAUGGGGCCAUCCAGGCUACGUCUCUUCAGGAAACUGUGUCUCCAGGACCCCCAGAACGCUGCUUUUUGCAGGGAAUUGCAUUACCUAGCGAUCAAGCUGGGGAGGAAGAACUCGACAGUGGGCUUUUGGGGCGAACCUUUGGUCGAGUGGUCCGAAGGGCUGCACAAGCCACCUGCAAAAAAGAACUUUCUGGAGGAUGCGAAUGCGGAAGCGCAUGCGGUGGACGGCGCAGCGAACGAUACGGUUGUGGCGAUGCCAUCCAAGCCUAGUUCCAGCACCAGCGUUCAGGCCGGUUUGGGGAGCAAACUCCUGUCAGAACCUCUUCAGGCUCCUGGCACUGAAAGCAACGACUUUGAGCUGAAUCCCCUCAGCCACGACGACAUCAGCCUGGCUGACAUGUAUCGCUGGAAGGUAUCGGCCUACGCCCCUUGCAGCACAACGUGCACGUCAGGGAUCAGCAGCUCCUACGCCAUGUGCGUCCGCUAUGACGGCGUGGAAGUGGAAGAAGCGUAUUGUGACGCCCUGACGCGCCCUGAGCCCACCCAUGAGUUUUGCACAGGCAGAGACUGCCAGCCUAGGUGGGAGACCAGCCGGUGGAGCGAGUGUUCCAGGACCUGCAGCGAAGGCUAUCAGUACCGAACGGUGCGCUGCUGGAAGAUGCUGGCUCCCGGCUUUGACAGCUCCGUUUACGAUGACAUGUGCGAGUCGGCAGGGCUAGCCAGGCCCAUGGAGCGGAAAUCUUGCAAGAACAAACCUUGUGGACCACAGUGGGAGCUGUCAGAGUGGUCUGAGUGUUCUGCUCGAUGCGGUGGCCCGGGGACAAUGAAGAGGGAGGUGCGCUGCUCUGUAGAGCCCAAUCUGUGCAGUGAGUCAUUGAGGCCUGUCGGGGAGCGGCAAUGCUCAGCCCCCCCCUGCGACUGGCACUGGACUGCCUCUGACUGGGGGCCGUGCUCAGGUUUGUGUGGCGAGGGACGAAUGAUCCGCUUUGUCACGUGCCGCAAUUUGGAGGGGAAGGUGAUUUCUGACUCCCUGUGCAAUCCCAACACCAAGCCUCUAGCAAUCUAUCCCUGUGGAGAUAAGAACUGCCCUGCGCAUUGGGUUAAGCAGGAAUGGGACCAGUGCAAUGCGACAUGUGGCCGAGGCGUAAAGAUGCGGACAGUGCUGUGUGUGGGGCUGGAAAAUGGACUGUACAAGGAGUACCCCGAGAAGCGCUGUGAUGCUCUCCCCAAGCCAGAAGUGCAGGCGUCUUGCUUCAAGAGACCCUGUUCCACCUGGUUCUCCACCUCUUGGUCCCAGUGCAGCAAGACCUGUGGCACAGGCCUGCGUUUUCGUGAGGUGAAAUGCUACCAAGGAGAAGUCCUGGGGCAAGGCUGUGAGUCAGCUUCGAAGCCUGAAGCCAAGCAGACAUGCCAGCUCCAGUUGUGUCCCACAGAUGCCCCAGAUGAAGACUGUGAAGACAAAACGACAGCUAACUGUGUUCUGGUCCUAAAAGUGAAGCUCUGCUCACACUGGUACUACAGGAAGGCUUGCUGUAGAUCUUGCAGGAGCAAGUCCCCCUGAUUCCACAUCUGGCUGUUGUAACUUCCCUGCCCAGAACAAGGAGCAAAAUGUCCUUAAGCACCAGAAGACUUUACUGAAAUCUGCAUUCUAGACCGGAAGCCAUGGUUCCUGACUUGCAACAACUUUAGAGAACAUCCUAGCCAGCUAGCAAGUAUUUUUUUUUUUAUGUAGCAGUCAAAAGGACCCUGUUUACACAGCCUUUCAAAAAAAGACAUCAGGUCUCUAGAUACCACAGUACCAACAUGUAACUAUCAGAUUUCAGAGUGCCCCUCGCAGGUACUUCAUCAUGCUACGUGAAAUGCUAAAAUCCUUGACCUCCCCCAUAUUGUGGAACACCUGGGGCUUAAUAAACUGCCACCCCUUCCUAUUC